AUUGACCCACUGGCUCUUGGCUCAGGGAUGGGGCUGGCUCAGGCACUGGUAAACAUUGACACACUGAACAUGCAGUUAUAGCUCCCUGGUCACAAGGAAGAAGAACUCCUGGUCCCAGUUCUUGCCUAGCCUGACCUUUUCCCACAUGGUAGAGAGGGAGUUAUCAUCCCAGCUUGACAGGAAGGGAAGCUGAGGCCCAAAGGGAUACCUCCUCAGGCUCAUAUGCAGGACAAUGCUCCUUGGGGCCUUCCUGCCAUGUGUCUCCCUGCUGCUCCUGGCCAGGCUGACCCAGGCCUGCCCCAUGGGCUGUGACUGCUUUAAGCAGGAGGUGGUGUGCACCGCUGAGGAAAUAGGUGACAUACCGAGAGGCAUCCCCGAGAAUGCCACAGAAAUCAUCUUUGUGGAGACCUCCAUGCUGACCCUGAGGCCCUGGGCCUUCAGCAACACCAGCAGCUUGUCUAAGGUGGUCUUCCUCAACACCAAGAUUCAGUCUCUGCAGGCAGAGGCCUUCAGUGGGCUGCCCAGGCUGGUGGAUCUGGAGAUCACCGGCAGCCCCCUGGUGGGUGUUGGGGGGGAGACCUUCAGGAACUUGACCGGCCUCCGAAAACUCACGCUCAACUUCAACACUCUUAGAGCGCUGCCUGCUGACCUCUUCCAGGGCCUGGACACCUUGGAGUCACUUCAUCUGCAAGGAAACCAGCUGCACACGCUGCCCCCGGCCAUCUUCCAGCCCCUCAAGGCUCUGCGCCUCCUCAACCUCGCCCAGAACCUCCUGGGGCAGAUCUCUGAGCAGCUCCUAGAUCCCCUGGCCAGCCUCCAGACCCUGAAACUUAGCGACAACCUCCUGGCCACUCUCCCGCCUCGGGCCUUCGGGGGCCUGCGCAACCUGCAGGAGCUGUUUCUGGACGGGAACGGACUCACGGAGCUUCCCCAGGACGUAUUCUCCGGGCUGGGGACCCUGCAGAAGCUCUGGCUGCAGCACAACGCCAUCGGCCACCUCCCCCCAACCGUCUUCUCUUCCCUGGGCAACCUUACCUUCCUGAACCUGCAAGGGAACAUGCUCCAGGUGCUCCCCGGCGGACUCUUCGACCAGACACCCAACCUGGCCAGGCUGUCGGUGUCCUACAACAAGCUGGAGAACGUCUCCGUGGGCGCGUUCAGAAACUCCCCCAGGCUCAGCGUCGUCACCCUGUCGCACAACAGCCUGCGCAGCCUCCCGCCGGGGCUCUUCGACCACGUGCCCAGCCUCACCAGGCUCCACCUGGGAAGCAACAACCUGACGGCCCUGGACAGGCAGCUCUUCCAGAACCUGACCCACCUGGAGCUGCUGAGCUUGGCCGACAACCUGCUGACCACCCUCCCCGACGGCAUUUUUGACAAUAACUUCGGGCUUUUCAGCCUGGCCCUGCACGGCAACCCGUGGGUGUGUGACUGCCACCUGGCUUACCUUCUAAACUGGCUCCGCGAGUAUAUCGACCGCUUCUUCAACCUCCAGACCUACUGCGCGGGUCCCCAUUACUUAAAGGGCCAGGUGCUGCCGGCGCUGAAGGCGGAGCAGCUGGUGUGCCCGGUACCCCUGGAGACCCACAGGGUCCGACCUUUCUUGUUGGAGGAGGAGGAGUCAGGCAGCAGCUGGGACGUGGCCGAGGAGGAUCGAGCCCCAACUCGGUGCACCUACAGCAACUUAGAUGGGACGGUGGUGCUUGCGUGCGACCAGGAGGUCUGUCGCUGGCUCCGCGUUCAGCUGUCUCCCAGGCAGACCUCCAGCACCCCGGGCCUAACUCUCAAUUCCACUCAGGAAUGGGUUUUGAAAUCCAGUUGCGGCUCAGUCCAAGUCGCUCUCUCCAUUAACGCCCUGGGUGGAGGGGGCUAGAGAGAGGUUAGAGACAGUCCCGCACCAGGGGCUCUGGACAGCUCUCCGGGCUGAGACACUUUCCUAGGAAACCAAGAAAUAAAGAGUACCAGUGAUCAUUU